GAUACAUUUUACACAUUUUGUGUACACAUUGAAAGGAGAGUAGACAGCAACCAUGUCGUGUCCAGGGAAUAAAGACACCAAAGGAAGCUUGGAAAAAGACAGCAAAACUUCACAUAGGACAGGUCCUAGUGAGAACCUUACAGAAACAGAUGGGUAUUUCUGCAGCAGUUCUUUCUCUAUGGACCCUGCGGACGAGUAUAAGAUGAACCACAAGCGGCGAGGCCUGGCUCUCAUCUUCAACCAGGAACACUUCUUCUGGCAUCUGAGGAUGCCCUCCCGCAACGGGACCAAUGCUGACCGCUCCAACCUGGUCAAAAGAUUUGAGGACUUGAACUUUGAAGUGCAGGCCUUUGAUAAUCUGAAGGUGGAGGAAGUUCUGGAUAAAAUCAGUCAGGCGGCUGAGGCCAACCAUGCUGAUGCAGACUGCUUCGUGUGCGUCUUUCUGAGCCACGGAGAGAACGACCACGUCUAUGCUUACGACGACAAGAUUGCUAUCCAGGACAUCACUGCCCUGUUCAAAGGAGACAAGUGUAAGAGCCUGGUGGGCAAGCCCAAGAUCUUCAUACUACAGGCGUGCCGUGGGGACAAGCAUGACGAUCCAGUGACCCCCAUGGACGUGGUGGACAGCGAAGUGCAGACCAACGAGGUGGUGGUGGACGCUGGGGUGGUCUACACCCUCCCUGCUGGCGCGGACUUCAUCAUGUGUUACUCUGUGGCUGAAGGCUACUAUUCCCACCGCGAGCCGAUCAACGGCUCCUGGUACAUCCAGGACCUGUGUGGGGCCAUGCGGAAGUUUGGGGAUUCCCUGGAGUUCACGGAGCUCCUGACCCUGGUCAACAGGAAGGUGUCCAUGAGGAGCGUCGGGAAUUGUACCGACCGGACCGCCAUCGGGAAGAAACAGGUCCCCUGCUUUGCUUCCAUGCUCACCAGGAAGCUCUACUUCCGAGCCAAGAAGCAGUAAGGUUUCCAUCCACCGGGCAACUACUACGUCAUUCCUGAAUCCUGCUGUAGUUGUUUUGGAUGUUUUUGGGGAGAAAGGUGGUCCUUGACUAUAAUGUCUGGUGGUUCUUUUUGUUAAACGUUUGUCUAUAUUAUUUCGAUGUUUGUCUUGAGGACCAUGAAAUACACUUUAUCAAGCUGUGCAUAUUCCCUUUAUUCUAAUCAUCUUUCCUAUGAAACCAAAUGGAGAUCAUGUCAUUUGCUGACGAUUGUUGAUGCUGUUCUAUUUUAACAUUCUGUGGUGCCAAAGCUGACCUAAAACAAAGCAUGUACUAUACUGGUGAAACCUGCUUGGCUGCUCGGCUUCAGGCUUUCCUUGUUGGUGUUGACAGAGGUCAUGGAAUGUACCUGCAGGGCAGGUAAAAGAGUGACAUGAGAAUGGUAAUUGAGCAUUAACAUUUCAAAUUACUUUAUUCUCAGUCUGUUUGUGGAUAGCUAUUGGUUAAGAGGGGAUUCUCAGUCAGUAAAGGAUUUUGCAUCACCAGUCCCUUUAGGCCUUUCGAGAGAAUACUGCUAAUUCUUAGCAUUGAGUAAUGGUUCCCUGGGCUUGAUUUGUUUACAUCAACUAUCUGUGUCAAAUAUACAAAGAAAUGUGCACAUUGUUUGAAGGAGGCAGUGGCUCUGGGGCUAAAUCCCUACCUUGCAUCCAAAAGGUGUGGCUUUGAUCCUUAUCUCUUGUGCAAGUUUCUGCAACUGUCGUUGUCCGACAUAGGAAGAAAAGUGCCGAUUGGGUGGCUCUGGGGUUGAAUCCCUGGCUUGCAGCCAAGAGGAUAUGGGUUCAGUUCUUAUCUCUUGUGCUUUAGUCUACUGCACAUUUACGCAAAUGUCAAAAUUAAGUGUUAGUAGUGUGAAGGAGUCUGUGGCUCUGGAUCUCACCCAAAUAGCACAGGGUUGUAGGUUUGAACCUACUGCAGGACUCGAGCAUGGUUGUGUGGACAACGGGCUCUGCUGCAGAGCGAGUUAAGGCCACUAGAAGUGGUUGCCACAUCAAGAUGGCUGGAGAAUGGUGGCGUUGGUCCUAAGUAUGCAUUAAGCAGGGGAUGUUAAUCCUGGGGUCCCCUGCCAUAGUUCCUGAACACUAACCAGCAGUGGUUAUGGGAAAAAAUAUAGACACUUAGUAUCUCUCUUGAAAUACAGGCAUCUACUUUUUUCAGGGGUUUUUCUCCCUAACAACUGCUGGUUACAGGGAUGUGAACCCAAGGUAUUAACCCUCAUCAGUUCUCCAACCACAUCUGUGCCACCGAUUGCUUCACACUUCAAAACACAUAUUCAUAUGAUUGACAUGGACAUUGGGGAAACGUACACUAAAUCACAAGAGUAGAGGAUUGAACCCACAACAUCUUGGUUGCUGAGAUUUAACCCCAAAUCCUUCACACUUGAAGCCCUUCUCUUUGUAUGUUAGACAUCGACAGUUACAGAAACUGUCAAUCAAGCACAAGAUAUAUGGAUUAAACCCACAACCUCCAACCUCUUAAGGCAGGGACCAAACCCCUUACCCACGUCCCCAUCUGGUCCUCUGUAGUCAACAAGAUGAAAAGACAAUGAUGUGCCUCAAUAUGUUGCCUCCUCACUUGUUCUGUCAAAAAGGGAAUUUGUGUUUCUGUUUGCACUUGGAUGUGCUUAGUCUUUACAACUCAAAUGUAGUUUUCCAUGUUUUGAAAGCGGCAGGCUAAACGUGAACAAACAACUCCAAUAUGGAAAGUACCUCAGGGAGUCAAGUGUCUAGUGUUUCAAAGACGUUCAGUAAACAAGUUUGGUCACAUGACCUACUGUACUACUACUGACUCAGGAAAACCAAAGAAGUCAUAUACAUUGUUUACUGCCACUAUGGUAGUGCCUUUGUUUGGUAAUUCAAAUCAAUGGCUUUUUAAAUAACAGCUUUUUACCACUAUUCUUUUUUUAUUGAGAGUAUUUGACAGCUGUUUUCAUCUUAAGAUAAGAUCACUUUAUUGGUCAAUUACACCCCCCCCCCCCCCCCCGUACUGUUAAUCUUUUUAAAUAGCAUUUUAUAUAGCUCAUAUAAGACAACUCAGGGUACCAAUCAACCGACCAUCUCAUGUUUAAAAAAUAAAGAAAUCAUUGUUAGUCACUUGGAGAUAUUUACUAAAGCAAUGAUAACGCACAAGGUAUUACUAAUUUGUAUGUGAACCUGAGUGCUGGACACCAAUUCAUGUUUCUAUUUCUGAAGUGUACAAGAAAAUGAGGACCGUUUUAGUCUCCAUGGGUGAAUACAAGGAACCACUGCUUAGUAAGAGUAUUGUACUUUUCUUGUUAUGUGGUCCACCAGGGAAAUUUGUCUCUGACCUUUUGGGAGAUUGGCGUUUGCGCUAAUAGCAUUUGCACUACUAGAAUUUGGAGAGGUGUGUGGGGCUCCUAUAGAAUUAGAAUCUCUCAUUUAUAAAAUGACAGUUGUAAAACUGUUGAAAUAUGUUUGGGGUUUUGAUGAUUGAAACAAGUCUGAAUUGAGGUGCAAUAAAAUAUUGAAAUGUAA